UUGAAACACAGAACCAGGUGUUCCCCAAAGACAAACUACACACAUACGCGCACUACGCCAUACACGCAGAUAUAGCCCAAAGCUAAUUCCUAAUCGUCGUUACCCGUUCCAACAACCCCGGCAAUGUACACAGCCAUCGCACUUAUAGCCCUCUUGCUCACCAUCGCCACCACUACAACCACCAUAUCAGCCUUACCAACACACCAUCUUUCCCGGCGCGGUCUUCCUGGUGCCUACUACACCUGCACCAAAUCCAACUUCGCCGGCGAAUGCAGCUGGACGCAGCCCAACACGGAAUGCCACAUCCAAGGCAGCCCCGGAGGUAUCGCAUCACUCGGACCCGAUCAAGGCUCUACGUGCGCCCUCUACCAGAACUUUUCGUGUACAGGCGACAUUCUUCAGAAGCUGACGUUCCCCGGUAUCGCAACCGACAUGCCCAAGUUCGGAAGCUUCAAGUGCGUUGAGCAGGGCAGUUCUGGUGGAAGCAGAAAAGAGGUAGAACAGGCUGUAGUUCUCACGGAGUUGGAAGCUGCGGAUUUGGCAGUCGAGGAUUUUGGUGUCAAGAGUGUGGCGAUGGAGGGGAGGGAGGAGGGUAUGAUUGGUUUGCAGAAGGGGAUUUACUAUUGAAUGCGCCUUCUGUUCUUGAGAAAGAGUGUUGGGAGGGAGGGAGUUGAUUUCGAUGGGGUGGGUGUACGAUUAUCAUUUCUUCAAUUCGUGUUCUUAUCAUUUGGAAGAGGGGUGGCAUCGCCGUCCUGAGGUUACCACUGAUGGCUAUUACGAUUAUUGGCUAUAUCGAGUACUCUUUAACAGAAGUCCAUUAUUUCUUUGCAUUGAAGAGAUUGCUGAGAGUG